UGCAGGGCAGGGAGAGCGUUGCUAUAGUUCCUCCUCCUCCUCCUGAGCAUCAGCCAAUCACAGUGACAGAGGAGCGGGGAGAGGAGUGUGGGCAUCGCACAGCCGGGAGCGCACGAUCAUGUACCGGGGAAUGAGCAACUGAACCGGGACCUUCCUCCGCCCCAUCAACCGGCAAUGUCUGCCUCCGCCCCGGGUCACUGCAGGGAAGAUGCCAACCGCACGCCCCACUGGCAGUUCCAUUGAUUUAAUUUCCAUCUUCCACUCUACGCUGCCAUGGCAAAGUUAGAAUCAAGAUCUGUCCUCAGUGACACAGCCUACCAGAGCCAAGAAUCCUUUCACCCAUUCGUUAGCAGGUCCUCUAAUUCGCCCCCUCACUGCACUAUGGGAAGCGUAGGCAGUGGAGUGGCCAACGACCAAGAGUUCCCAAUGAAGAGCGUAGGGACCAGGACUCAGAACAGCCUCAAGCAAAACGACUACUCCAGGAAUUGCUACUCCAACCGCUACUCAGGAGAGGAGAAAGUCUACAAGUUGGAAAAAAACACCGGCGCCAUGUACAUCAAUGGCGAACACAGCAAAAGCGACAAGAUGAAGACGGACACAUGCGGCAACGUUAAUGCCAACAAUGAAAAGAAUAUGCCACAGGCAGCUCAGUUCAGAGAUUCCAAUCCCCCAAAGAUAUUACCUGUCUCUGGAAAGUUGGAGCAGAGCAAUGAACCUUUGGUAAGACCUUCUGCCUUUAAACCUGUAGUUCCGAAAAACUUCCAUUCCAUGCAGAACCUGUGUCCACCAAUGAACAAUGGAGUAACAGAGAACAGAAAGAGCUCAAACCAUGGGAACAGCAAUAGCCCGGCUGCCAUGAAAAAUAGUCUUGAGAAGUCAAGCCACAACAGGUCAUCCAGCCAGGUAGGAGGUCUUUCAGAUUCCGGACGGAAUUCUCUGACAAGCUUACCAACUUAUGGGAGCGGCUACAGCCAGCACGUAGGCCCAAUGAGUGCAUCAAUGAGCCAUAUUAAUCGCAUUGGGUCUAGCUAUGUUGAAAAGAACAUAGUGGGUUAUAAUGGAACAACUACCUCAGAGAGUGGACGAUCUUCCAGCAAGAGUGCCUCCUCUUUUAGUAGACUGAAUCAUCUCAAUGAGACAUUGCUUUUACAUUCACCUUCGAGUGAUGACAUUAUCCAAGAUUUAGAAGAUAGACUGUGGGAAAAGGAACAGGAAGUCAUACAGAUGAAGAGAAGCUUGGACAAAAGCGAGGCCGCCAUCUUUCAAGUUUUUGAAGAGAAGCAAAAGAUUUGGGAACGGGAAAUGGAGGAUUUAAGACAAAAUUAUGCCAACAAGCUUCAGCAAGUCUCCAAGAAAGCGCAAAGAGCCCAGCAGGCUCUGCAACUGCAGAUAUUUAAGUUCCAGCAAGAGAAGAAAAAGCUGCAAGAUGAUGUGGCCCAACUUCUACAGGAGAGAGAGGAGAUGGAGAAAAAGUGCAUGGCUUUCAAAAAGGAGCAAGCAGAUUUCCUUCCUAAAAUAGAGGAAACCAAGUGGGAGGUAUGCCAGAAAGCAGGAGAGAUAUCUCUCCUGAAGCAACAGCUGAAAGACAGCCAGGCAGAUAUCUCCCAGAAACUAAAUGAGAUUGUUGGACUUAGAACACAACUUAAGGAAGCCAAGGCCUUUCUGAGGGAAAAAGAGGAACAGAUUUCUUCUAUUAAAGACUCGUAUAGCUCUAAGAGUGUCAGCCUGGAGAUCUGUGAGAAUGAAAUGCAGAGGAAGCAAAGUGAAGCUCAGCAGAUGAAAGAGAAGCUGAGCCAAUGUGAACAAGAGAUAUCAGGCUUGAAAGAAGCCUUGGCGAACCUUGGACAAAACCCUUACAACAUCGAGCUCAAUGAAAAGUUGAGGGAUACUCUUUCCUGUGAAAGUGAUGAGGCCAAAAUGAAACGCCAAAACGAGGACAGUGUCAUUAGUCUGAAGAAGGAUAUAGAGAGGCUCCAGGUGGAACUAACAAUAGAGAGGCAACAUAGGGAUCAGCAGGUGGUGGACUUUGAGGAGGAGAGACGUACCUGGCAAGAGGAGAAAGAGAAAGUCAUUAAGUACCAGAAGCAGCUUCAGCUCAACUACAUUGAGAUGUACCAGAAAAACCAACAGCUUGAGCAAAGGAUCAGUGAAAUCACCACCAAGGUGACCACACCUCCAGCAGAAGAUAAAAAGGUGUGGACACCUUCCAGGCUUGAGAGAAUAGAGUCCACGGAGAUUUAAAAGAUGGUGGAUCACAUAUACACAGCUAGAUUCUCACUGUGCAUGUGCAGCCUUUUCCAGCUCAUGGUCAUCAGGGGAAAUAAUUCAAAUAGACCUUUCAGCAAUGAGGAGACCAACAGCUGCAGUCUUGGCCAGGUCCUCUCAGUAACUCAAAGGCAUCAGAGCAGGGGAACGAAUGCUUGCUGUCGGCCCAACUGAAAAUGAAGAACAUGUGGUAUACCAUUUGUUAUGCUAUGUGUCUGUUUUCCCUGUUGCACGCACUUUUCUCUGCCUGUAUGGCGUAGAGUCCAUUGCCUUUGGUGGUGUGUUGCUCAUGCCCUCGUGCAAAGGUAAGGCAAACUCUGUGACUGUUAUCUGGCCCCUUUCUCUUUUUGGGACUUGUGCAAAGAAAAAAAAGUCAAAGUGACUUGGAUUUGGGGAUAUUUUAGCCAUAUUGGCUAGUGGAGGGACGGUUGGAUGUGCUGUAUAAUCUAGCAUUCUACCUAUACUAUGAAUUCAUAAAGGAUUCUAGCCACUGUUUACUGUGAAUUAUCCAAAAACAUAGUUUUUCUUUAAGAAUUAUUUUAUGCAGGGAAUAUCACUAAAUGGUUCGUCUGUAUGGAGGAGUCAGACAGGAAUCCCUUAUUGCUUGGAAUAAACGAAACGAAGGUCAUGAUUGGGAAGCCGAUCCCAACAUUCCCUUUGGAGACUUAUUUUUAUGGAAUUGUUGCCCAGGUUCUAGCAAAGUGAGCAAGCUGGGUUUUAUUUUCUACCAUAGAGUUUAGCAAUGGCCUGUUGCUAUGUUUAUAAUCAGAUCUUAGUGGUGUUUCCCGGUGUUUUUGGUAGUAGGCUUUGUUAGCAAUAAAAUGCAGACCGUAGAGGUAAGAGGAUGUUGGCCUUGCCAAUAUCAGAGUCAUGGUGGGCUACACUGUGUCUCUGAACAUCCAAUGAGGGUCAAUCAGUAAAGCAUAGAUGACUGUUAAAAAAUAUAUACGACUGUAUAAGUUAAGUGCCCUUUAAAACUAAGGUUAGCCUCCUACAAUAGCCACAUGAUGGUUUUGGGUUCAGUUCUACUAAUCCCCCUUUUAGCCUAAAUAAUGCUUCAGCUAGACAAUCCUGUUGAUGUCACACCUGAUUGAUGUUUGAAGUAGGUAAGGCCGAAGGGUGCUUAGUGCUCUGGCCACGUCAUAUUAGCAGUGGGAUUCCAAAGGGUAAUAUUUAUGAGUCCUCAAGCAAGAUGUAAGCUCUUAUCUCCAGGAGCAGUCUGGUGGGGCUACUCCCUUCUAGCCUUAAGACAUCAACCUUGAAGACCUAGCCCAUAUAGCAGCCGUUAGGAUGUCGAUACUGGGGUCUGAUACAUCAAAUAUUGGUUCUGUUCUCUUCCCAAUUUCCUCUGAUCUUCUGCUCAUCACUUUAUCCACCCUGUGCCUCUCCAUAGUCUACAUUCUAUUUCCCAUCAGCAACGCUGCACAUAAUAAGCAAAGCUUUAACAAUACGUAUAUAUUUGUAUUUAUGGUUAAUUCAUAUAGAAAUAUGUAUUUAUUAAGACACAUUGAGUUAUCAAAUGUAUGGUCCACCCAGCCUUGCAAAUUCUAGACCCCGAUACACAUAGCAUGCUAGGAACUGGAAUCCCCAAAAGCUUGAGAGUUCCAGCAUUCAAGCCAUAGCAGUACAAAUGGUUCUUAUAAAUCAAGACCAAAACAAUCCGUCUUUAGGCCCUAAUGGCAUUUAAAUCCCAGAAGAGUCCUAUGCAUAUUUGGGGCACUUUUGAUAGUUCAAGGUUUAAAGGGAUUCUAACACAAUUUAUUUAACCAUCAGUUGGAUACUGAAGAGUAUCCCAGAAUUUGGCCACUUUAAAAGGUGUAACUAGAGAGCACUUACUGUACGUUAUUGGCCUGCUUUAAGAUGGGUCUCACUGGCCUAGCCAGUAAGUUGCCAACCAGGGCCAGAAUUACAAAUCUACCAGCAACAUGCUUGAAGGUAAAUUUUUAAUUACUAACCCAUUCCUUCCCAUCCUGAACUGUUCUACCGCCUGACCCAGCAUUUUAAGCCUCCAUUCCCGUUCUCGCCAACAAAUUUUUCUUCAUGGAAAUAAAUGAUGAUAAUAUCCCAUUAAACAUCUGCUUGAAUCCAGAACAGUAUCAGUAGUGAUGGGGACAUAGUCGUUAAGAUGUUCUAAACCAAACUGUCCAAAAACUUUGGGGUUCAGACCAAAGACAAAGGCAGUAUUUCUUCAGGAAACAUGAAAAGGACCAAUAUAUAUAAUUUUAUAUAAUGUAGAGCUGGUUAGUAGGCAGAGUAACCACCAGAGUAGGAAGGUUUGACCUUUGCCAGUGAAUAACCUGUGCCUGAAAGCCAAGAAUAUUCCUUUGGAAGUCACCGUUCACAGUGGGUAGAGUGUCUUUAUCUGCUAGAUUCCACGAUUAAUGCUGCAAUGAACUGUGAGUGUGCUUGUUUACUAAACCCGAUCACCGGCUGAGGAAGGUAGAAGAUAAGGAGCCUUGAUUUUGCUGUUAAAGGAACACUGAUACCUGGAAUUGCAUCAGAUGUUCUUCAGCAAGUGGGGGGGGUAUUUAAAUGGAUAUGGUUUUACAUUAAAUCUAUAACUAAUACAGUGUUCCUGUAAAACACAUGCCUUCAGUGGCUAAAUAAGCAUGCUGGGUUAGUUGCAGGUUGCCCAGCCCUAGACUUAAGCAAGAAUAAAUUCUAUUUUUCAGUAGGCGUAUAUCUAUUUUCCCUAUGUGGACUGAAAAGUGAGUUCAUCUAACUGUGUGCAAAGUUUGUAUAUUUGUAUUUUUACAUACGAGUAGGAUCUGCCCUGGUGUUUCACUUAGACAACGCAGUGUGAGGGAGAAGCUCAUUGUGCACACAAAACGUCCGCCUAUUAAAUUUAUACAUAGGGAUGGAAGCUGCCAUAUUGUUCACCUUAAACGAGCUUGACGUGUGCCCUUUUCUGUUUAUUUGUUUAUUGAUAUGAGUGGGAGCUCCCAUAAAUAAGCUUUAAUUAUAACCUUGGUUUUGGUAUUUUCCCAUGCACUCUAGCUUUCUCUGUGGCUCAGAAUCUGAUGAUGUGAGGGCAAUGCCCAAGGCUAUCACUACCUCUCAACAGGGAGGUCCCAGAAAGAACAGGCAUUGGGGUCGUGGGACAUCAAGGGGGCUCCAAAAAUGUUUUUGGAAGGGGGUCUAGGAAAGUGAACUUACACCACUGACCAGGGCCAAACAAUAUGGUAGCUCCUAUUCAUAUUAAAGGGACUGAAAGAUCUGUGAGCACAAUGCCCUAUGCACCCCCAAUUAAAGGACCAGUAACACCAGCACACAAAAGGGGUUUCUAUGCAUUUCAAUAUAAUGGACUGUUACCUAUCUCUAACACCAACUUCAGAGGAUCAAAUAUAGUUCUUAGAGAUAAGAUGCUGGGUAGCCAAGGCGGCAGAUAUUCACACUGAAAUAGGGGCCGUAUAUAAUGAUUUUAAUAUUUAAGGGGGAUAAAAAGGGAUUUUAUAGCUCUCGGCUAUAGAUGGAAGCCUCAUAUAAUAUAGGACUUUUAUUGUCAAGCUGCUGGUUAGACAGAUAGAAAGAACUGAUGGUGUCACUGGUCCUUUAAGGAGAAAGACAAAAGGUAAAGGUUGCUUUGAGUCCCACUGUGGGUUGUAGCUUCAGUUUAACUGCCCCUGGGGGAGGAAAGAUGAUGAAUUCUGUUCUUAGAUAAUUAUAUGUAACAGGAUAACAGGUGGCAACUCUGAGUGUACGGAGAAUCUGCACCACAAUAUGAAAGAUAAGAUUGUAUUGUUCUGACUUCCCCUUUAUGCUUCUUUUAAAUGUCUGUUUGUCAUUUAUGUCACCAUGUUCAGCUAUGACCAGUCCCCUCCCCCCAAAAAACAUUGACUCCGCCCACUUGCAGGUUGAACAUCUAAGGGCAUGAGGCACAAGGUGCAGCCUUAGUAAACAAGUGCCCCAUGCUAGGAGCUGCUCUGUCCAAACUGAACCCUGACAUGAUGAUGUGCAGGUGCUGAAGGUAGUUGGUCAGUUCAUGAUCAAAAUCUGUGAGACUGGGAUCUUGUGUUGGACCCAGAUAUCAUCUACAUGCAACAGACUUAUCUAUUCACCCUGAUUUAAGCCCCAGUCACCCAUAGGGUUCACACCUUUUCUGGAAAAAAAUACCGGCCUUCCUAUAUAUUUAUCUUUAUUCUCUAUUAAUAACAUUGGGAUCACUGACCUUCCUACAUAUUUAUCUUUAU